UUGGCGAGCACAUGCCACGUUGAGAGAAGAAGAUCUGAACUGAACAGCAGCCACAGGGGCUCGCGAGGACCAUUUAAUCCACCGUACAAACCGUAAAAAAACAAACUCCAGCAAGUGGUUUAACAAACCUCUGAAACAAGCAGCCGACUGAGGAUCUGAGAGACCCGCAAGGAUGCAGUUGUUGUCCGCCAGCUGCGUGUGUGCCCUCCUCUUGGCCACGCUCCUCCGCCAAGUCAGCAGUUUGGAGACUGUUAUCGGCCUGUAUGGGGAAACAUUCGAGAUCCCCUGCAACAAUGGAACCAUAAAUGCCCAGGACAUCCUCAUGACUAAAUGGAAAUAUGACAAAGGAGAGGGACUUACGGGAGACCUGCUGGUCAAGCAGAAAAACCAGAAUGUUUCAAUCAGCGCCACUGAUGAAUACAAGGGACGUGUGAGCAUGGCUGCAAACUCCAGCCUGCUGCUCUCUGCAGCCAAGCUGACUGACCAGCGCACUUUCACCUGCAUGGUGGUGACUGGUGACAUCACAGAAUAUCCCGUUAAUGUGGUGAUCUACAAGUCGCCGGCAGGCCUGGAGAUUUCUGACAAAGCGGAGGACCUAGAGAUUGGCAAACUUACUAAGCUUGGGACAUGUGUUGCAAAAGACUCCAAUCCAGCUGUAAAUAUCACAUGGCAAAAGAACAACAGACCUCUGGUAGCUGAUGGGAAAGGUGUGGAUUCCAUCCACGCCUCGGUGUUGGUGGACCCUGUUACUGGCCUUUCAACUACUUCUUCCAUGCUGGAGUACUCAGCCAAGAAGGAAGACACGGGCGCUGAGUUUACCUGCAGCACUCGGCACACUGUGGGCACAGAGCUGGUGUCCUCUCCAGCGACCUUCACAAUCACCUACUCCACAGAGACCAUGGUCCUUCAGGUCAGUGCUCCGGACCCUCUUGUUGAAGGAGACAACGUGAGUCUGAAGUGUAUGGCAGAUGGUAACCCAGCUCCUACCGCCUUUAACUUCCACCUUAAGGGAGAGUUGGUGAAGGUGGAAAACACAGAUACUUACACCCUCACAAAUGUGUCACGUAACUCCACUGGUGAAUACAAAUGCUCUCUUGCUGACGACCCAACAAUGAAAGCAAUCACAGACAUCACAGUCAGCUACCUAGACAUCAAUUUAAGCCCCUCUGGAAGCAUCGCCAAGAAGGUCGGUGAGGCCGUGGAUCUAACUCUCCAGAUUGAUGCCUCUGGAGACGUCAAGGUCUCCUGGACAAAGGACAAUGUUAAACUGAAUAAAGAGCCCAAGUUUACCAAGCGGACUUACGCUGACUCUGGCCGCUAUGAGUGUGAAGUGAUGGGGCUCCUCAGCCAAAAAGAUUUUCUUGAGCUGGCUGUCAAAGGUGCUCCAGUUAUCAGGCGGCUGACCAAACAGCCUGGUGAAGGCGGCAGACAUAAAGUCCUGAUCUGUGAGGUUGAAGGUUCUCCAAAGCCAGCUGUUUCCUGGAGCAUCAACGGCACCUCGCUUGCUGAGAGUCCAUUCGUCGACGGAAAGAUAACACACAAGAUCACAGUUGUGCCUACUGCAAACCUCUCUGUCUCUUGUUCGGUGUCCAAUGAGUUAGGCGCGGACAGUACGACUAUAAAUGUGUCAUCCCUAAUUGAGGCGGUGAGAAUGGAUAAACAAGACCAAUCGGAUGAUAACGACCAAACCAAGCUGGUAGUUGGAGUUGUGGUCGGUCUCCUCGUCGCCACUAUAGUUAUUGGCCUGGCAUACUGCGUCUACAUGAAGAAAUCCAAGCAAGGAAGCUGGAAGACUGGUGAAAGGAGGGACGGUUCCUCUGAGGAGGAGAAAAAUGAGGAGAAAGUGGAGGAGAACAGCCAAAAAGCUGAGGUGUAA